AUGGAUUCCCCCGUCAUGGCGGUCGCUUCCAGCCCCGCCGGCUCCAUGGCUGCCGUGGCCUGUCAUGAUGGUCACGUGGCCAUCUAUGACCUGAUCGAUCAGACCAUUACGGCCCAGCUUCGUGUUCAGCAAGGCUCUGUUCUGACGGUUGAAUUCAGCCCUGGUGGCUCGCGCCUCGCCACCGGAGGCUCAGCCGGCAUUGUCUCUAUUUGGGAUGCCAAACAACAGCGCCUCAUUCACGAAUGCCGUCAUCACAAGCACGCCGUUCGACAAGUGCGCUACAGUUCGAGUGGCCACAUUCUGCUCUCUGCCUCUCUGGAUGAAUCCGUGGCUCUGUGGGACGCUCGCACCGGUGACCUUCUUGACUACCUUCAGCAUGGCACCGUGCAUGGCUGCUAUUGCGUCGAUCUGGCACCAAACGAAGGUGUCCUGGCCGAGGGCAGCUUUGACACGACGAUCCGGCUCUGGACUCUGGGGCCAGACUCGCGUGUCCAACGCAAGCUCGCUGCCAUUUUGGCGCGAGAGGAAUCAGAUAUUGGUGCCAACUUUCGUCAGCGCGAUCGUCAGAAACGUCUGGAGGAAGCACGCGCACGAAAAAAAGCACAAAAGUUGGCAUAUUUUAAUGCAGCCCCGGCAGAGGCACCCACAGCGCCCGUGGCCCGCGAGCUCUCUCCCUUGGGGCAACAGGAGCCGGAGCGCGUGCUUGAAGGGCACUCGGCCCCUGUUGUGGCCGUGCGCUUUUCCCCGGAUGGCCAAAUGCUCGCGAGUGCAUCGCAUGAUGGCACCGUAAUUCUUUGGGACACCUUUGAUGGCACCCAACUGGCCGUUCUGGAAGCCAACACACGCUCUCCUGUUUGGACUUGCUCCUUUUCCAACGAUGGGAGCAUCCUCUGCCUUGGAUCCGGUGAUGGGCACAUUGACUUUUUCGAUGCUCUCACCCGCAGUUUGCUCCUUUCCUUCCAGGCCCACACGUCUUAUGUUACUGCCACUUGCUUUUCAGCCGAUGGACUCAACCUUUUGACUGGCAGCCAUGACAGCACGAACCGAGCCCAGUCAAGCGGUUUGUCCAAGAUGUGCGUGCCACCUCGACAAACGUUGAGCGCGGCUCUGGCAAUGGCCAACUCCAAAGCCCAGGCAGAACUUGAACAGUCGACAGCCCGACACUUGAAGCUCAUGGCCCGGAAAGAGCGCCACCGUGAACUGGGUGUGAGUGUUCCAGGCCUCGAUGUUGUGCCCAAUGCUGAGCUCCAAGUUUGCUACAUUCAUUGCGUGCCAACUCCCUUUAUGUCUUGUCGGGGCUGCAGGACCAUUUUGGAGAUGAAUGAGCUCCAUCCCGGGGACCUCGAACGCCAACUCUACUUUGAGCAGAGUCUCUUACGAACCCUACGCUACCGCCCCUUUGCGCUGCACACUCUGCAGAAGCUUGCCACUGCCUCAGAUAUUGACUAG